AUGCAACAGAGUCGUCGGUUGUGUCGUUUAUUUCCAUACUAUCAAUCUACUCUAUUUAUUCGCAGAGCACAUGUUGUUUCUACUGCUACUGUAGUUGUACUGUGCCCCUCUCACACCGCAUGUUUUACCAUUAAACGCUAUGAGAGUCAUGUUAGUAGUAGUAGUAGUAGUAGUAGUAGUAGUAGUAAAGAGAUGCCAAUAACAUCAAAUGAUAGUUCAAGUGGGGUUUCUUCUUCUUCUUCUCCCUCUACUUCUAAUUCUACUAUUACUAGUAGUGUUGGUGAUUGUAGUGUAUUAAAUGAGGGAAACACCAAUUGGGAUGAUACUACAGUGGUAGAAGAGAUUAAAGAUAUUUUGUGUACUCUAAAAACAUCUAAGGAUGCAGAAGGGCUUCAAACUGAAAAAAAUGAUACAGUUAUCACUUUACAUACACUCUUUCGAGCAUUAGGACCCACACUGCGGUAUCGUUUACAAAACUCUUCUUUUGCUUCACUUGUCAAAGCAUUAAAAAGUCGACCCGAUUGGUUUCUUCUUAACGCCGAUGGUACAACUGUUGAACUCACACAAUCAGCAUCUAGAGACUGUAAUCCCCAAGAUAUUAAUUCCAACACUAACACUCAAUCAUCAUCAACAUCAACUACGAGAACAUUGGGUAAACGAAACUUAAAGACUGCGGCUGUUCCAACAACGAAGACUUCUGUAUUAAUUCGCGGGGCGCUUGCGGUCACUCCAUUAGAUGUCUCCCGGCCUCCCGUUACCGCCGCUGAGGCGGAGAAGUGGCGACUCGCACGACUGCUCUUACCACUCGCAUUGCCCUUCUUAAUUAAACGAGAGCCCAUCACACUCUUCCCACGUAGUGGUGGACGAUCAUCAUCAUCACUAUCACUAUCACUAUCACCACCGCCGCCGUUAGCCGCAGAGCUCGAAGAGGCUGAAGAGAUGUACAGAAGUAGAGGCUUCUUUCCCCCAUCGGAAGUGGCCGCCGCCUUUGUGCAUAUCACACCAACGUUUUUUGUGGAAACUCGACAUGUGUUAAAUGCCAUGUCUCCAGAUGUGGCUCACAUCUUUGAACGGCAUAUUUCACGAGAUCAUAUCGUUGAUGCCUUCUUUAAAAAGUAUCCCAUGAUAUUUAAACUUAAAGUUGCAAAAUUUCAAAAGGCGGCAGUAAAGUUAAAUCUUGAAUUUGAAUUUAUUCGUAAUCACCCAGGAUGUGGACGAGCAGACCGUCUUUUACGUCGAUAUAAUCAAGAAUAUCGACCUAGAGUAGGUGGUGUUCUCUCUAGGGCAGUUCCUUCAGCUUCUUCUUCUUCUUCCUCCCCCUCUUCUUCUUCUUCGUUAUCAUCAUCGUCAUCAUUAGAAGAAGAAAUGAAUGAGAAUGGACGACAGAUGAAAGUUCACAUUGAUGUUCAGAUAUUUGAGAUUCUUGUGCGAAACUUACCUCGUGUUGCGACAGACCCAGCAUUAUCACAACAGGAACUGGAGGAAAAGCGUUGUCAACCUUUUUCUCUAGUAGAAUGGAUUCAUGGCUUCUCUCAAGAAGAUUUGGAUGUGUUAAACAGUGUUCCUCAGCAACGAACCCUUACAUUAUUGACCCGUUAUACACGUAUUUUUCAAUUAAUGUGUUAUGGUGAAGAUUCUAACAUAUUUACUGAACACAAGUAUUUAAAAACAAGGAAAAAUAUAAACAAUAUAAAAUCUUCUAGUAGGAAUGAAGUUAGUGAAAGUGUUGGUGGUAGUGGUGGUGGUGCUUCGUUAGAUUCUAUAGAAGAAGAAGAAGUAGUAGACUCAGAAACUAUGAUUGAUGAGAAAGAUACGGGGAAUUCCUUGCUUUCACAGGAUGAAAUAGUUGAAAAAAAAGAAAAUAAAGAAGAACUGAAGAUACAAUCGGUUGAAAAUUUAUCAAAAGAAUCCAAUACUGAUUUGGAACGUCGUGAGGCUAAUUUAGCUGCUGCUUUGCGAGAUGAUUUGAUAGGAAUGGAUGAUUUCCUUAAUGACACUACCGGUUCAGCAUCAUCUUCACCACCACCACCACCGUUAGAUGAGGAAGUCAACAGUAGUGAAAUGGAUGAAUCUACAGAGAAACUAAAAGAAAUAGAUGGAGAAGAGGAAGAUGACUCUCUUAAUUAUGAUAUGGAGAAUGAGGAGAAUACUACCACUAAUAAUACUAAUACUAAUAUGAGAACAAUAACACCUAUUCAUGAGGAACCAUCAACAUGUGAAGAUGAUUUUAAUGGUUUAUAUAUUCCUUCUCGUUAUGAUAUUUUGUAUGUAAGACGUUUACCAAAACAUAUUGCCGCAAGAAGUUUAAGUGACUAUAAUGCUCUUAAUUCACCUGAACCAGAAUUAUUACGAUAUAUCGCCUCCUUCCUUAAUCCACCUCCAUUAUAUUGGGAUAAUCCAUCUCUGAAAACACGUGGAAAAGAUUUUAUAUUUUCUCGUAAAGCUACAAUUGGUCAAUGGCGAUGGGUUCCUAUUCAACGUAUUUAUGCUUCUCUUAACAAGGAACAAAAACGAUUACUUCGACCAUAUAAAGGACUUGUACAUUUUAUGCGACUUCAUGGUGAAAUAUUUGAACUUAGUGCAGAUUUUCUUCAUGUUAUUGCACACGAUCCACAAGGGAAAAUUCCUCCAUUUGUUCCAACACAAACUUCUUUUUAUACGGAAGAUCGCGUUCUCCUUCCAUCGACAUUAGAUGAUGAUAAAAACUCUAAAGCUUCUCUUAUUGGUGAUGCUGAACGAAAAAAAUUUGAGAGAAUUUUAGGAGCUAGUCAAAUACCAACAGAUAGACAACAACUUAUACUACUGGAUCCAUUAAAUCCUCUCUUAAACCAUGAAGUUUUAUGUGAAGAAGUUUCAUUCUUUAUGCCAGAUCAUCCUGUUUCUAUACAUCAAUUAAUGUCUCGUUUACCACCCAUUUUGAAAGCAGCACUUUCUACACGUCAUCGAAAUAAUUUUAAAACUAGUAAACAUUUAACUGUUUGGACAGAUAAUAAUCGAAUGAUGUUACAAAGAAGUCAAUUAGCUUUACCAGAGUCUGCGAAAAUGGAUGAGGAAGAAAUCUCUGUGGAGGAUGCUAUUGAGUGUAUUCGUGAAGUAGUACCAGAUGAAGGUGUGGUGAUUUCCCAUUUAAAUCGUAUGUUACCAGGUAUUGCUAAAAAGACAUUAAAGCAACACUUUGGUAAUGUUUACAAUGCUUUGCUUGGAUAUCCACAGUACUUUUAUGUUGAGAAAUCUGAAGGAGAUCGCUACAAUAGUGUAGUCUUUCUUGUGGAACGCUUACAAGAGGAACGGUAA